GGGGGGCGGGGAGAGGAGGGUAAGGUGGGGGAGGAGGGGGGGAGGGGCGCGGGAAGAAGAACCGAACCGGUCGAGAUGGCAGAAGUCCGAGCAGGGGGGGAAACCGUUGCCGCUCAAACUGUUGGGACUGCUGGGACAGGCCCAGCGGAUGCGAAUGGAGAGAACGGAGUCCUUCUGGCAGCAGCAGGAGUAGGAGUAGGAGGUGGAGGAGGAUUAGGAGGAAUAGGAGGAAUAGGAGGAGGAGGAGGAGGGAGUGUGUUGGGAAAGGUCAAGGCCAAUGGCGGGUUAGCAAUCAACAACUGUUAUUUGGACGACGAACCCUCGCGCAAACGACGAAAAUGGGUGGGGGUUUCAAAACCCCUGACGAAAUGGGGUAAUUGCUCUCUAGGGGAGGGGGACCCAGAAAUCUUUGAUUUGAUCGAGAAAGAGAAGAACAGGCAGUGGAAAGGCGUAGAGCUGAUUGCGUCGGAGAAUUUCGUCUCCCAAGCCGUGAUUGAGGCGUUGGGCAGUCCGCUGACGAACAAGUAUUCGGAGGGGAUGCCCGGGGCGAGGUAUUAUGGCGGGAACGAGUUCAUUGAUCAGAUCGAGAUGAUGUGUCAGGAGAGAGCGCUGACGGUAUUCCGGUUAGAUGCAGAGCACUGGGGGGUGAACGUUCAGCCGUAUUCCUGCAGUUCGGCGAACUUUGCGGUGUAUACGGCGCUGCUGCAGCCGCACGAUCGGUUGAUGGGACUCGAUCUGCCCUCCGGAGGGCAUUUGACGCAUGGGUACUACACGUCCAGUGGGAGGAAAGUGUCCGCGUCGUCCAUCUUCUUUGAAUCGCUGCCCUACAAAGUAGACCCCGACACGGGCUACAUAGACUACGACAAGCUGGAGGCCAAAGCCAUGGAUUUUCGACCGAAAAUUAUCAUUUGUGGAGGGAGCGCCUACCCCAGAGAAUGGGAUUACGCGCGGUUUCGAAGCGUGGCAGACAAGUGUGGGGCGCUUCUCAUGUGUGACAUGGCUCAUGUCAGCGGCCUUAUCGCAGCGCAGGAAGCUGACAGUCCAUUUGUCUACUGCGAUGUGAUUACUACCACCACUCACAAAACUCUGAGAGGACCGAGGUCGGGAAUGAUAUUCUACCGGAGGGGGCCCAAACCCGUCAAGAAAGGCCAGAACCUAAAUGACGAGGUGGAGUAUUAUGAUUUUGAAGAUAAGAUCAACUUCUCAGUUUUCCCAUCUCUACAAGGGGGCCCUCAUAACAAUACAAUUGCUGCACUUGCAGUUUCGCUGAAGGAAGUGGCAACGGAGGAAUUCAGAGUUUACCAACAGCAGGUCCGGAGGAAUGCAAAAGCAUUGGCUGCUGCGCUGAUGAGGAUGGGUUGCCGUCUAGUGACUGGUGGCACGGACAACCAUCUCGUCUUGUGGGAUCUUCGCCCGCUUGGUCUGACGGGUGCCAAGAUGGAAAAGGUGUGUGAGAUGUGCCAUAUCACACUCAAUAAAAAUGCAGUCUUUGGGGACAGCAGUAAUGCCGGUCCAGGCGGCGUGCGACUUGGAUCACCUGCAAUGACAACUCGGGGCUGUAAAGAGGAAGACUUUGAGGUGAUCGCAAAGUUCUUGGAGAGGGCGGUAAUGAUCGCAUUGUCGAUACAAAAGGAACACGGACGAUCAAUGCGGGACUUCAUGAAGGGCUUGGACGGCCACCCAGAUCUUGCAGAUCUCAGAGUGGCCGUGGAGCGAUUUGCAGCGUCUUUUGACAUGCCUGGAUUUGAUGUAGGCGCAAUGAGGUAUCACUGACGUGUCGGUCGCAAAAACGCAUCGAUUGCCAGCUGGGCUCCUUGACCGACAGUGCUGCGUAGGGAUGGAUGGAUGAGAUGUGGUUUUAUUUAGAUCAGCCCCAGCGGAGCGUGGUCUAGAGCCAUGUGCUCUCCUAUCCGAUGUCUGUGUUCGCUGGGUCUCUUAUACGUUGAAUUGGGACCUCUUAGGAGAUCCUUGUUAGCGCAGCGCACACAAGCGGGCGGGCAGGCAGGCAGGCAGGCAGGCAGGCAUCAACAGAGAGCGUGAUCCAACAUCCUGCAUCCAUUUCUUUCAACAAGCACAUGCAGCCAGCCCUUGCAAAGUGAACGAACUGUCCAAACAUCAUUCAUGACCACUGUGCUGCUCUGCCUUAUAAUCGCAGGAUGGGUACGGCUGGCGCGCAGGAGGAUCACUCGAUCGUCAGUCAAUUUUGGUUUCCCUGGUUCUGGGCGUUAUUCUUUCGCAAUGGACGUUGCUUAUGGACUGCCUGAUGGAUGUAUGCUUAAUCAGCAGAAGGGAAUCAAGGUAACCAAUUUUGGUUUCGGUGGAUGGGGUGCAACAACCGGGACCGUCUGAUCGAUGCUUAACCACCAGAAGGGAAGCGAGGUAAGGGGGGCCGGAGGGUGGCUUGCGGAGAACCUUGCAGAGAAUCUAGGCCAGGUACGUGCAUGGAAAUGCUGACUGAGAAACUGUGACUCCAUUGCGUGGGACUAAAUUUGACUUCCAAUUUGAUAGUGCUCAUGCAUUGAUGACUAUGUGUCCAAGCGAGUGAUUGAGAGGAUCGAGGACAGAACGAGAGAGCGUGCCGAUUGGGAUGAAGUGUUGCUCUUCGACCGAUCAAGAGUGGACAGUUUUCAAAAAGAACCUCGCGAUUAAAGAAGACGGCCAACAAUUCAACCGCACAGGAAGAUUGCAAACAAUUCAAUUUAUCAUCUAUAUGCUGAUCCGAAAGCAAGCAGGUCAGAGGUGUAGUCUGGACAUCAUCAUCAUCAUCAUCAUCUCUCUCUCUCUCUCUCUCUCUCGCGCGCGCGCGCGCACGCGCUCUCUCUCUCUCGCUCUCCCAGCAUCAGCUUGCUGAGUGAAUGAUGAUUCAGUUCCCACAUUGGCCUUGCGGCGGAAGGGAGGGCGUGCGAUUUGUAGGCUGUAUCCAUGUGCAAUGUCAGCGUUUAGACGUCAUCUAUCUGUUUUAGUGAAGGAACGGAUGGAUGGUGAGCAGGUCCUGCCAGCAGCCAGCUUGUUCUGUCAGAGGGAGAGAGGUAAAUGUGGUAUGUUCUUUUCCCAGACAGGGAAGUCGCGGCAGUUUCUGGAUGAGCUGCGGACGCAGGAGACGUCUACUUUUGCUGGCAGCAAAUUGUGUAUAUGUUAGAUAGAGCAAUUCAAAUUUGAGGUAUUGAAUAUGUUCUUCACUAACCUGGGCACAAUGGUUAACGCGGGUUUUGUCUUGCAAAAGGAGGCUCAGUUGACAACAUUUGACGCGGCCGGCAAAUUUUGUAGACCUUGGGAGAUGGGAAGUACUCGGAUGUCUUACUGUGAAUGCGGACCUUGCGAGCUCGGGUACAAGUCUGCUUCGAUCUCCGGAACAAGUCUGCAUCUCCCAAGCUGUACAAAUAGGCAGCAGGGAUUCUUUAUUGUACCCUUCAAUGGCCAGUAGUGGUAUGCUGGCCAAGCCUUCACAAUUGGGUUUCAAGGUUGUGGAGCAUACAGUUCAUGCUGGCAAGGAGUGUGGGUGAUGGGUCCACAGGUGGACCCUAAUUCCUGUGCUCAUUGUAAGUCAGGGACGUCAACUCCCUCUUUUGCCAUUGCUCCGGCGUGUAAAUAGAUAGGAGAGAAAUUGACGGGCUUGCGGGCCUUAGCACAACAUAAUGUCUUUUCCUGGAUCUAUGAUCUAUCCAUGAGCUCCUGCGAUAUCGGUCCCCUGUUUCCCAGUUCCAUCCGGUGGUCGCCUCUUGGGACACAUCCUCUUUGGACCUGUCAACGUGCUCAUCCACUACUUGGAAAAGAUAUUUCUACACAUUGUUUUUAUAGAGACGGACACGGACACACACAUACACACACAGAGAGAAAGCGUGCGCGCGCGCGCGCGCGCGCGAGAGAGAGAGAGAGAGAGAGAGAGAGAGAGAGAGAGAGAGAGGAGGUUCGCAGUAAGGUGGCAUGGGCAGUGAAUGAGCUGUGGUGACAUGGAACUGGCAUGACAUGGAUGAUUGGGUGGCCGAGGGAACCCAUCAUUUGGUUCUAGACAAGUGAAAUCUGUGAGUUAUUCAGUUCACACCCAGCAGUGUAGGACAUGAAAGAGUUGUGCCAGAUCUUGAGAAUAUUGAUCGGCGGUUCCUGCCGUCGGGCUAUGGCAUCGCUACUUGUUUUUUUUUGUGAAGGUUAUUUUGAAAGGCCUUAUCUCCAGCGUCGCAGGAGUCGUUGAAAAGGUUGGGGAAAGGUUUGAUCUCCAGCCUCGCAGAAGUAACUGAAGCGUAAUUGAAGUGGGAUCACUUCAUGAUUAACAAGGUGAGUGGUCCUCCUGGAAUUGGAGUGGAGUGUGGAAGCCUGCGUCUCUCUUCUCAGAACCUUGUUGCAACUUGUCAGGGCCUGUGAACUGAACUGCUUAGUUUGUCUUUCUUUCUGAAAGAGUGAUUUCAUCAUGCUUUCCUUACUUCAAAUGGCCCUGGGGCGACCUGGCGGUAUGCUAUCUACUGUACACCUUUGGGCCCUGCGUACCCUGAUUCUUUGCAGUCAGGGUAAAGUUGAGAAAGGUUCUUUGAGAAGGGUUCAUUUAUCUGUGAAGUUGGCAAGUAAGGGCAGCUUUGUUUUGUGUCGGUGACUCGCUAGCGAAGGCCUCUCUCACACCUCCAUGGAGACGUGGUGAGAGGGACGUACACGUACGUGGUUUGGGUUGUAGGGAGUACUUUUACUUGAGAGGAUUGUGGUAACUGUCCUCUGCUGGUGGGGGAGGUAUCGGCGCAAUUUUGUGGUCCUCCUUGUGUGCGUCUGUCUGUGAAUUUCAGGGGGUUAUGUGUGCUUCUUCUUGCUGUCAAUCUCUAGCGAAGCGCAAAUGUGGAUUUAUUGUAUUGUGAACCUUCACGUUCCGUUGAAGGUCUCGGUAGAUGAGCGGAAAAUGUGUCAGUGAAUAAGCGGACCCUCGCCUGCGGACGAGGAUGAAGAGGGCUUGUGAGAGAGACUGGGAGGGCAAAGCAGCAGCGGCAUGCGACAGCCUUCGCGAGACCUCUGAGAGUUUUUCUGCUGUCAUGAAUGAACUGAACGCAGCUCAGGCCGGGCUGUACAUCCAAAACCCAACACGCCCCCCCCUCCUCCUCUGCACCCCCUUGCGAACGGGCACGUUAUCAGGGUGUACCGGUGAUUCAAACAGGUGUGAUAUACCCGGUUCUAUUGCUAUUGCUUGCUUCAAUCCGUUAGUGCAUACACACACUAGGACGUUCUCGACUGAGCUCUGGACGGAAUUGCUGUCCGAUACGUCCAGGUCAAGGUGGAAUUGCGGUCAGAUGCAUGCAGCAAAGCCCGGGUGUGAGUAUGCCCUGAGUGCAUCUGCUUGUUUCGGCAAAGGGUUUCUCGCUCUGAGGAAUGUAGCUGGUCAGGGGAGGUAAAGAGCGAGAGAGGGAAUCCUUUUUUUUCCCCCUUUUUCUUAGAGAUAGGAACUCUUACAUGGGGUAGAGUCACCAUUUUGUUCGGUUAUUCAUGUUGUACGAUGUUUGUUUAAAGUUUAAAGUUUAAGUUUAAACUUUGUUACCCAUGCAGUUUUAUCUUUUAGAAUUGAUAGUCCUCUGUUCUUUAACUUCUUUUAUCUUUCACUGUUUUUUUUUUUUUCCCCAUUUGAGUUGAUAAUCUAUCGCAAGGCUUUGUAUGCCAAUGUAGGGAGACGGGCCAUGGCGAAUGUUAUGUACUAUGUCCACACACGGGAGCAGGGAAGGUUGUAGGAAUGAUGGCCGUUUCCUGUUGUGAUAUUUGGAUGUGUGGGAGGCGGCGGAGGUGGAUUUCGUACUAAGGACGUUACUCUUCCUGAAGAAUGUUUGUCUUCAUGAGAAGAUGUUCCUGAGAGGACAGGAAAGGCCUAUGAAGUCUCUCCGCUCGGCAAUUCAUCGCCGGCCACGUGGCACAGUCUGUGAUUUCAAUAACUGAGGAAUCUUUUUUCGCUUUGAGAUAUUGUCCAGAGUUUGGAUUUUUUUUUUUUUUUUGACAUUGACUUAGUAAAGACUGGUGAAGAUU